CAUUUUGGACGGAUUUCCUCCACCCCCUUUGUUAACUUCUCUCAUUUAACUUUUGCAUUACAUCAAGUUCAUCAAGUCUUUGGUACUUGUAAAAUCUCAUACGCCACUUCACGCUUCUACCUCUUCAAACGCUCUCGAGCUUUGGUUGGUUUAUCGAAUCAGGUCCAAUCAUUCUUGCUGGUCAAAGUGUUUAAUCAAAGAAAAAUUGACUAUAUAUAAAUCUACUUUUCCAUCCUCUUUAACAUCCAAACGAUUUAUCCUACUACUUUCAAUAACUUAUUUUCAUAUCUCUCGAUUUCUAAACUCUUACUACAAUCGCUUAGAUCACAUUAUUCAAUCAUGAAAUCUUCUCUUUGUUUAGCUUUCUCUCUUUCGAGUUUGAUUUCAUCUUCGAUUUCUUUACCUUCACAUUCUUACAUUCGUAACGGUCAUGCUAUUGCUAUGAAACAUUCUCGUGCUCUUAAAGAGAUGGUCACUCCUCUUGUUCAAAGAUCUGUUGAUGAUCUUCAUGAGCUUGAGAAACGUUCGAUCAGACGAUUUGGAACUCUUGAGUUUUCUCAUCAUCUCGAAUCUCGAUCUGAUGGGGAUGAUGGAGACGACUCAGAAGACGGAGAUGAUGAUGAAGACUGUGAUGAUGAAACAGAUGAUGGAGAUGGAAACAGCACUACUUCAAGUUCGAACCAUACCACUCAAAACACCACAGUUCCUACUUAUACAGUACCAAAGCCUAAGAAAGUUCCUGCUUGGAAUCCAACUGAACCUAAGAAAGAAACCCCUGCUCCUGCUCCUGCUCCUGCUCCUGCUCCUGCUCCGGCGACUAAGAAGGAUAAUACGCUUUCGGUUGGGGUGUCGGUUUCUGCUGGUUCAUCUGGUGGGAUAUCAAUUGGAGCUUCGACUUACAGUGGAAAAGCCACUUUUUUUUCUCAAGGAGGUGUAGCAGGUGCUUGUGGUACGGUUCAUCAAGACUCGGAUUAUGUGGUGGCUAUUGAUUCUUCAAUGUAUGAAGGUGGUAAAUACUGUGGCAAGACAAUUGCCGUCACUCGAGUUUCUACUGGAAAGACUAUUCAUUGUAUUGGGGCGGAUGAGUGUCCUGGAUGUCCUACUUUACAAAGUCUUGAUCUUUCAAUUGGUGCUUUUAAUGCACUUGGAACCCCAGAUGAAGGAGUCUUCGAUAUCAAAUGGGAAGUAGUUUCUUAGUUUCCAAGAACCUACUUUCUUCAUUUUACAUCUCUUUAUCGAUGAUUUUUUCUCUCGGGUUCUCUUAUGUAUUGCUUGUUGUUGAAGUGUUUUUUUAUUGUGGAGUUUGGUUAGACUUUUUCUUUUUUGGUUGUGUUGAUCAUUAGUACUUUUUCUUAAGUAUAUCUAUGUGUACUAGUUGCAUUAAAUGCCAUUCAUUUUUUUGUUUUUUUUUCAAAAACCUGUUUUGGUUUGCUUUGUUGAACGGUUUAACUUUGGAGAACUGGUUUGAUUGGGUUUAUACUUUUGGUCUUUGUUUGCAAAAACGUGAUUGGAUCAUUUGAUUGGUUUGAUUAAGUUGACAGUG